CAUGUUAGGGGGUAAGAAGUUUAAGACUGAACAGGGGAGCUGCUGCAGAUUUCAGAGAUAAGUGACAAAAGCUGACAGAUGAUUGGCUGAUGUGCUGCUGGUCAUACAACUCUAACAGCAAAGGGUGGAGAUGGGCGUGAUCUAAACUCACUCCAACCGUCUGCAGACCGAAAGGUGAUCUUCUUUGACUCAGUCUAAACCUCUGAAACUUGUUUCAAAUAUCCAGUUGAGAUGUCAAUUUUCAAGAAGUUCUUCAAAGAUAUCGUCCAUGACAGAGACCCAAAAAAGGAAUCUGUCAAGGAGAAAGAAAAACCAAAGUACUACGGGACAGUAAUUCCGUAUCCGAAUUUCAAUGCCAGCAGUGAUGCUUCAGUCCUUCAGAGCGGCAUCGAAAGUAAAGGGGUGGAUGAGGAUGUGAUCAUCGCCAUUCUGGUGAAGAGAAGCAACGAGCAGAGGCAGAAGAUUAAAGCUGUUUAUGAAGCUUCCAGUGGAAAAAAUCUGGUUAAAUCCUUGAAGUCGGUUCUCAAGUCAGAUUUGGAGGAUGUGGCUCUGGCUCUGCUCAUGCCUCCAGCUCACUUUGAUGCCUACCUGCUCAGGAAAGCCACCAAGUCCUCAGAGUACAAACAAGACCUGGAGGAGGUGAUAAAAGAUGAGACCAAAGGCGACUUCAUGAAUGCUCUGCUGGCCCUGCUGAGCGCUAAACGGGACGAGAGCACAGAGGUUGACAUGGAGCUGGCCAGAAAGGAUGCAAAGAUUUUGUUUGAAGCAGCUGAAACUAAGGGUGACAUAGACGUGUCCACCUUCAUCGACAUCCUGACCACACGCAACGGCCCGCAGCUCUCUAAGACGUUUCACCACUAUGCCGCCGUCAGUGACCUGAAGUUACCCAGAGCCCUGCAGAUGAACCUGAGCGGAGACAUCGAGGACUGCCUCAUUGCCAUUGUGAAAUGUGCUUGGAACACCCCUGCUUUUUUUGCUGAGAAGCUGCAUAACGCCAUGAAGGGCCACGGAACAUGUGAGGACACUCUGAUGCGGAUCCUAGUGAGCCGCUCCGAGAUCGAUCUGCAGAAAAUCGUAGAAGAAUACAGGGCUAUGUAUGAGAACACCGUUCAUGAGGACAUUUUGAAUGACACUAAAGGACAUUAUCAGAAAAUCCUGCUCGGUCUGUGUGGACCUUACUGAAAGAGGACUUCCACCUCUUUAGGAACGGAAGCAGAAACACAUAAAACAAAUAAAGAAAUCUGUUACAUUUAUGCCCUAAUAAAGUCUCUUGUUCCGUUUUUUUAAUCUUUAAACAUUGCUGGUGUUUUUUUUUUUCAUUUUCUUAUUUUAUUCUGCUCAUCAAACAUUUAAAUAUUUCUUUUUU